AUGAUAACUUCCCCUUAAGAAAUGAGAAUACUAUCGAAACGAUUCUUUGGUAACAAGAUCAUAGAUUCCAUCGUUCUCGAGGAGAUGAAGGAAUAAUAUUAAAAUAAAGAGAGGAUAGCAAAUAUCAUUUAGAGAUGCUAUCCUGAAAGUUACAAGUUAUAUUAAGACUUAGGUAAGAAAGAAUUAGAUUAAAUUUAAAAGAUCCUUAGCUUUUAAGUAUUUUCAUUCAAUAUUUUUUGAACUAACUUAAUUUUGUGAUUGAAAAAAAGUAUAUAUUUCAGAGAGCGACUUGUUUAUUGGAAUUGAGCGUGCAUUUAUUCAAUAUUUCAUGGGAAAAAAGGUGGAAUAGAGAAAAAUCAUUUGAAGAAUUCAGACAAAUAAUAGUUCGACAUUCGUUAUAUAGGUUGUUAUUGAUUUUAUUAAAUUCAGACCACCUCAUAGUGUUUAUAUAUUUAGUUUGGAGAACUUGAAAGAGAUUUCAUUGCAUUUUCUAUCUACAUUUUUUAGAUUUUAUAGAGCUUACUUUUUCACAUUCACUCCUUGGGUCGAUAUUGUGGUUACAACAUAUCAGAAACAUUAAAUUAAAAAGGAUGUGAAGGAUUUAGAGUUGGAGAAGUUGAGAUAAGAAGCAGAAUAAUACAAUGAUCAGAUUGAUCCAGAAAUGAUGGAAUAAUUAAUGAGCGGCAAUUCAAUAUACUAGAUUCCAGAAAAAAAGAAAAGGGAAAUGUUAGAAUAAUAGCAAUAAAAGGAAAAAUAAGAAAGAAUAGAUAGAGUGCUUAAAAAGAGAUUAGAAGAAUUGUAAUAAGUGUUUGAUUAAAAAAUCAAGGAGUAGGAUGAGCAUUUCAUUAAAUUAGCCGAAGAUUUAAAAAACCCAAAAAAAAAAUGA